UUUUAGUUGUCUCCCACUAAUCGAAAGGCGCCAGCGCCAUUAUCGUGUCGAAAUUCUGCAGUCUACAGUGAAAAUCACGGAUGAAAGUGAAUGCUCGGGGUUGAAAUAAACUAAUUCGUAAAAUAAUUUUUUCCGUAUUUCUUGAUCUAAAAGUACAAUAUCUAGUAACGACCAUUGGUGCCUUUUUAAUUAAACAGUGCAUGAUUAGUGGUCGCUAUAGACAGAGUUUUGAUAAUGUCUCUUGGUAAACAAGCUAAUUUUUGUGAUGACUGGAAAAUAAUGAAAUUUUAAAUUCUAUUUAGUAUUAGAGAACAAUUAUUCAAACUGUCUAAGACGGCUGAAGCAAUGGUCAAAAGAUCGGAUGGCACCGAAUCUCCAAUUUUAGAAGAACAGGAGAGUGCCAAUUCAGAAAAACCGAAACAAGUCAAAUAUGGUGAACUAGUCAUUUUAGGAUAUAAUGGAUUUCUACCUCAAGGUGACAGAGGCAGAAGACGAAGUAAAUUUGUAUUUUACAAACGACAAGUUGCCAACGGCGUUAAAAGGUUACGACAUUACGUAGUUAGAACACCACAUUCGACACAAGCAAUUUUAGAUGCAACCCAACAUUCAAUAUCCUACACAUUAUCGAGAAAUCACGCCGUCAUAGUAGAAUAUACAAAUGAUGAAGACACUGAUAUGUUCCAGAUUGGACGAUCAUCGGAAACUCCCAUAGAUUUUGUAGUCAUGGAUACCAUACCUGGUGAUAAAACGGGAGAUACGAAAGUUAAUCAAAGUACGAUAUCCAGGUUCGCUUGUAGAAUAUUAUGUGAUAGAACAAAUCCGAAAAUAGCUAGGAUAUACGCCGCUGGUUUUGAUACUUCUAGAAAUAUAUUUUUAGGGGAAAAAUCUUUAAAAUGGCAAGAAAAUGGCAGAGAAAUCGAUGGUUGUACAACAAACGGUGUUCUAAUAAUGCACCCCCGAGGAAACUUUUGUGGUGGUGAAGCAAAAUAUGGUUAUUGGUUGGAAACGUCUGUAGGAGGAGGGAUAUUUUCAUUGAGAGAAUCACGAUCUGCACAACAAAGGGGUCAAGUGGUGGAAGAGGUAACGAAUGUACUACAAGACGGUACUUUAAUAGAUUUAUGCGGUGCUACAUUAUUGUGGCGUUCGGCAGAGGGGUUAGCAACAUCACCAAGCAAAAGAGACUUAGAACGAGAAAUAGAUGAAAUUAACGCUGGUAGACCGCAAUGCCCUGUUGGUCUCAAUACUCUAGUAAUCCCAAGAAGAGUUUCGCCAAACGAAAAUCAACAACAGCCAUAUGUUUAUUUAAAUUGUGGACACGUUCAGGGUCUCCACGAUUGGGGUCAAGACAGGGAUACAGGAUCUAGAAAAUGUCCCAUAUGUUUGGAGAAAGGACCUGUCGUGAAAGUAUUUAUGGGUUUAGAACCAGCAUUUUAUGUAGAUUCAGGACCACCAACUUAUGCAUUUAAUCCUUGUGGUCACAUGGCUACUGAAAAAACUGUCAAAUAUUGGGCCAACUUAGCAAUUCCUCAUGGUACUAAUGGAUUUCAUGCAGUUUGUCCUUUUUGCGCUUCUCCUUUAUCCGGUACACCGGGUUACGUCAAAUUAAUAUUUCAGGACAACGUUGAUUAAAUUAUGCUAUUUUCAAACACUAAACCAAUCUCAAAAUACCAAUCCUAGGAAAAAGUACUUUAUUUUUAACUUUUUUUGUAACAUUUCAUCUUGAGAAUAGAUUCAGCAUAUUUUUAAUUUAUUUGAGAAUUAUAAACAAUUUCAAAUACUAAUAUUUCCAACUAUAAAUCAAAGAUGAUGAACUUCCACAGGUUAUUCUUUCAUCAAUUUAAAUGUAUGCUUCAUAUUAUUUUUUAUAUUCCAGAUAUUAAAGUUUCUAAAUUCACUUGCAAAGUACCAACUAAUUUUAUUUUUUGUUAUAAUUAUUGAAAUUACUUUAGUAGUUUUAAGUUUAUAUUUAUGGAGCGCAUUUUAUUGGCGGCCAUAAUGAGCAUCUCAUAUAGAUCCCAGUUGUAUAAACUACUUGCAGUCUGGGAGAACAUGAAUAAGCUACAACUGCACUUAGGUUUAUUAUUUUGAGAUAGGAUGCAAGAUGUAGUGUUUACUCUUGGUUCAUUGUGCAUGUAAAUGAGUGAAAAUAUUUUGUAUAAUAAUCAACCAAAGCUUUAUUUAUAUUGCUAGAGGUAAGUGUUGAUAUCAUGUUUAAUAUGUGAAAUUGUGGAAAAUCGUUAACUAAGGGAUAAAUCGAUGCAUCAUCUAUUGAUAUUUAAGUGCAAAAGUAACUUCAAAUUAGUUAACGAUUUUUCUCAACAACCUGUAUAUAAUCGUCGGUAAAUUCAUAUGUAUUAAUAAAUGAGAUGGAAGAUAAAAUAAGAUGGAAAUAUUUUUUACAUUUGGAAGCUUGGUAAGAAAUAAUUUAAACUCGAUAUUUUUACAGUACAUGUUUGUUUAAUUAAUUAUUGAUACAAUGAGUGUCAAAUAUAAGGAGAUAGUUAAUUUCAAUUCUUAAAAGUUAGAAGCCUUAAUUGAACUUAGUAGAUUUGCAACAUAGAUUGGACUUUUCUUUGAAGAGUAAUCCCCUCAUAAAAUCUAUUCACCAACUUUUCCAUUGAGUAGUCUAACUUGCUUUCUUGUGCCAUAUUUGUUCACAUUAAUUAUAUUCUCAUAAAAUUAUAAGUCUUGAAAAAUUUCUUCUCCCUCUUCUCGGAUAUUUGAGUAGCUCUAAGUUUGUUAAUUGAAUUCAUUUGCAAUAUUGUUAAAUCUGUUUUACCUGAUUACAUUUACAAUAAACAUAUCUCAAUAUUCUGAGCUUAUCAUUUUUCUAUUUCUUAUGGCGGACAAAUUGAAACAUAAAGUUUUAUUAUCUCAGUUUAGAUGUCUAGUUGAGAUUUUUGGAAUGAAUAGGAAUGUAUCUAUACUUUUACUAUCUAAAACAAGUUUAAGUAACUUUCUUGUAAGGUUCAAAAAAUUUAAAAAAAAAGAAUAUUGCAAUAAAAAAAAAUGUUUUACUACAUAUAGUGAAUUGAGGAAGAAUGAAGUUUUUCGUCUAAGAAUUUAGUAUGUUUUGCUCAUGUGUUGAUCAAAAACAUAUUCAGCUACACUUGGUACCUUUGUACUUCAUUUUUUGAUGAACUUUAACGAUUUUGCUUGCAUUUCAAACAACUAAUGUCGUAGAUAAAAUAUUUACUCAGCAAAAAGUGGUGGCAUUUAUUAUAUUCGAAAAUUUGAGUAUCCAAAAUGAUUUUAUGAAAAAAUUAUCGUGAACAAGUCAGAAGGUUAAUUAAGUGAUAAUGUAAGUAAUAUGUAUCAUUUUAUUGAAAACUGUUUUUCGUAUAUUUGACUUCAUCGUCUCAGUUUGUAAUUAUUGUAUAUACAUAAUUGCACUUAAAAUUAUAAGAAAUUGCGAAUGGAAAUAAACGUUUAGAUUUUAUAUAAA